AUGGGCGCUAUUGCUGCGAUAAUACUUGCGACUUGUCUUCACGGAAUUUUAGGAUGCCAGCUACCCAACGACUGGAGACCACAGACCGAGUCGUGCAGAGCCGAGUUGGCGGAGAUAAUAGUUUUUGCCAAAGUUCUGGCGAUUCACAAGGACUUCUACAGCGUGUAUAACUAUCUGCCGUGGCAGUACGACACGAAGCUCCUUUACUCUGCAGAGAUAGAGCUGCUGUGUGACCAGGCAUGGGGCAGCAUGCUGGAGGUACCCGCCGGCUCCAGAUUCAAUGUCACCGGACUUGGUUACUUCCCCUGUCAUUCGUACAGUGUCCUGGAGGACAAUGCGUAUUAUUUCUUUCUGAGGAUGGACGAGAACUACAACAUCAUUCCUCACGGCGUGAACUUCCAGGACCCCAUCUUCCAGGACACACCCGAGAACCACCGCAUGUUUGCCAGCCUCUUCCAGUUCGCCAACUGCACGGCGGGGACCCAGGUCCACACGCACAGCCCGGAGUGGGAAGCUCAGGAGGACAGUCGGCUGCUGUGCUCUGCGGUCCAGAAGGCCUUAUACGGGGAGGAGGAGCGGGUCAAAACCCUCUCUCAGAAGGUCCGCUCCCUGGAGAAGGCCAACGGCCACCUGCGGGACAAGGUGAAGAGCAUGAAGCGGCUUCUGAGACAGGCCAAGAAUGAGAGCAAGGAGAAGAAGCAGCACCUCAAACAGCAGCAUGAGCCCGAACGCGCUAACGCCAGCCGCGACUCGCACCCCCAGCAGGACACCACGCAGGAGCAGAGCAAGCCCCCGAAAAACGUCGUCUCCAGGAAGCCAAAGAGCUGAACCUGUCCCGGACACUGUCCCACCCAGGGUCAAAGGUCAGGCAUUAUUCAUCUGAUGACCCUAGGGAAAACACACAUCAGCAAACGACCUGUUCAGCAGGAGGAGUCAGCAGAAACCACAGAGCAUAGCCAGACAGAACGUGCAUCGGGUAUCACGCUAGGAGCCACGGAGACAGACCAAAUAAACAUUUUAUUUUUAAAUGUGAUUGUCUCUUUCUGGGGGAAGGAAAAAGCAAUUCAAGAUGGUUUAAAUUAAAAAGGAAUCACGGCAUACAUGCUCUCAUUUAGCCCACUUAAGGCCUUUUUUUGCAUUUUCAGACAAGGCGAAAUUAGAUAUAAUUUCUAGUUUGCUUUAUCCUCUGGGUUUCUUUCAGAAAUUUGUAGAAGGAAAGAAAAUUGUAGUUUCCAGUCAGCGUUUCAAGUCAGGCUGACUCAGGCAUAAAAGUAAUCCAGCUCCCCUCUUAUUAUGAAAUGCUUGCUGGGAAUGUUGCAAUCAGCCAAUGUUAAUUUGCACCAUCCUUUCUAGAAAGAUGAGCAGCCAAACUGUGUCCCACUGCUUUGUCUCCACCAUACUGAGGAAAGAUACUGAGAUUCGCAACUUGCACUGUUUAAAAACUUUACAUAUAGUAGUGACUGAAUCCAGUGGUGCCUGAUCUAUCUUGCUUCUGUUUGUAGCCAAUUGUAAUAUAUACUUAUACUUUACUAAAGUUUGUAUGUUCGAAAAUGGGGUGCUGCGCAUUCCAACCAUUGCCGUAAUCAUAGAAUGAUUUAAAAUAUGAAUAUGAAUAUGAUCAAUUUUUAAAGAAUAGAUGUGAUGAGUGUCUUGUUAAAAAGAGAUUUUGUCUGUUUAAAUGCUUUUAGCCUAUGGAUUAAGUUAACCAGUAUAUUCACACUAUAUUAUGUAAACUAGCAGCUUGGGUCUUUCACCAGUAAAUUCAACUUCCAUUUUCCCUUAGACUGUGCUGUCCAUCAGCAUACAGUAUGUUAUGAUGUUUUACUCCAUGAUAUAUCUUAUACCACAUCUUAUCUUUAUGGCAUAUUAAACAAUGAAAUACA